AUGGUUGAACCCAGCCCUCCAGCGCUGCACCUCCACUCCAGUGGAGAUGUCAGCAUGGUGGGUGUCGGUGUCAAAGUAGAACAAGAGGACUCCAGUAGAGGGAGUGGAGUUAUUACCAAUGCUGAACCUCUUAAGACAUCUCCCUUACGUGACUGGUCAGGAAAUCAGCCGCUGGAGGCCCGUCAACUGACCCCACCGCUGUCUCGCUCCCCUUCGGAGGGCUCUCCGGGUAAAGAGCUGCCACACAGGCAAAGCCCGCUGGGACUGAAAGAGGUCAGGCAUGAUCGACCAGAAGGACAAUCCAACUUCAAAGAAGUAAUGCCUACCAUUGAGAAGCUGCUGAAUGCUGACUGGAAGGAGAAACUUCUGGAUAAAAGCACAGUGGGGACAGGACAACUGAAAGGUACCCCAGAGUCUUUGGCUGAGAAGGAGCUCCAGUUGUUGAUGAUGAUCAACCAGCUGACCGGCUUGAGGGAGCAGCUGUUGGGAGCCCACUCAGAGCAGAGGAACAUGGCUGCCCUGCUGCUGGAGAAACAGCAGCAGCAGAUGGAGCUGGCUCGACAGCAGCAGGAACAGAUUGCCAAGCAGCAGCAGCAGCUGAUCCAGCAGCAGCACAAGAUCAAUCUGCUUCAGCAGCAGAUCCAGGUGAACAUGCCCUACGUGAUGAUCCCGGCUUUCCACCCCAACACCCAGUCCCUCCAAGUUACCUCUGACCCGCAGAUGACCUUACCCUUGCAACCAAUCCCUUGCAAGCCAUCCGUGGACUAUCCCCUGCAGCUGCUGUCCAACCCUAACCCCAACCCUAUUAAGAGGAGUAGCGGUUCUUUCCGUCAGGAAGCCAGUCAGCCCUUGAACCUGACCUCCAAGCCUAAAGGGCUGGAGCUGGGCAAAACACCCAGUCCACAGAGCAUGGAGCUGGGAUCGCUGGCAUUGCAGGGGGCCUACAGAGCCAGAGAUCUCCAGAGAGAGAUGUCCCACAGCCCGCCACGAUCUGCUCUCAUGUUGAGUUUCCUUGGAGACGGCGAUGUUGUCACCCAGGCCAUCCAUGAUGCACAGCAGCUCCUGAGAAACCACAGCACCGGAGGGAGAGAGAGGGAGAGAGACAGAGAAAGAGAGAGAGAUUCCUUGGAGCGGGGUGAAGACAGACAAGCACUGCUGUCCACUGAGGACCACCUCAGCAGCGACUCUGAGGGUGCCCUGCCCGUCUCAGUCCCAGGUGGCUACGCUGAGGCCCGGCCUCCUCCCUCUUCGGGCCACAUCAAGAGACCCAUGAAUGCCUUCAUGGUGUGGGCCAAGGACGAGCGCAGGAGGAUCCUACAGGCCUUCCCCGACAUGCACAACUCCUCCAUCAGCAAGAUCCUGGGCUCCAGGUGGAAGUCCAUGUCCAACCAGGAGAAGCAGCCUUACUACGAAGAGCAGGCGAGGCUGAGCAGGCAGCAUCUGGAGCGCUACCCCGACUACAAGUACAAACCCCGACCCAAGCGGACCUGCAUCGUUGAGGGACGGAGGCUGAGGGUGGGCGAGUACAAGGCCAUGAUGAAGAGCCGCCGACAGGAGCAGAGAGCGACAUACACGCACAGUCAAACGGAACCACAGCCAAUCCACUAUGCUCACAACGAUGGCCAGUACCCGGGAGGUGCCGGCUCAGUGUCAGUGGCAACCAUGCCCUUUCACCCUGCGUUAUUGGAGCAUUACCUGCCGCAGGCCCCGCCCGUGCCGCGUCGGGCAGAGGGCAGAGCCACGCCCACUUCUCUGCCCAGGGAGCGAAUCAAUGAAAGAGAGAGAGAGCGGCCACCGUACAGCGAAGGAGAGGAGAGCGAUGGUGGGGAGAGGAGUGAAGGGGAACUGGUGCUCCUGACAGACUGA